UCCAGUGAUUGAGGAACAUGUCGGAAAAGAAUCUAGACGCGGAAAGGAUGAAUCGCGAAGGUGGCGCUGAUGCUUGGGGUUCUCAAAGGCCAGAAACACCGCCUUGGGAUGCAGCAGAGUAUAGUCAACUCAUCUCUGCAGGGCCGUUGCUGCCACUACUAGAACAGUAUGCAGGCGUAGGUUCUUAUGACCAAAACACUCUCAGGGGGGCCCCAUGGCAAGUUCAGUCACAAGGCGCUAACACUGACAUAUUUACGGGCAACCAACCUCAACUAGCUAGCAUGGCUAAUCAAGGGCCUUCAUGCAGCACGUGGCAUCAGCCAGCACCCAUGUACCUGCCAUCGACGUCAUACACAGCGUAUUACGCUGGUGGUGACACGGCAAUCGUCCCGUGGCAAGCUUCACAAAUUGCAGGUGGAGCACGACAUUUUGGUGUCACAGACCACACAAGAUGGCCAAAUGCAGCACAACAAGGCAAAACAAUAGUUGCCAUGUUUGUUGAACAGUACCUGCCAUGA